UGAAUAUUGUGGUCACUCGUUAUUAACGAGUAUCUGUUCCACCUGAAAGUGCGACGAAAUUUUGUGUGAAAUGGAGAUCGAAGAGUUUAUGUUCCAACGCCCAAAGUACACAUUGCUGUACUGCGGCAUAAGCGUCAUUUUGUUGGGAUCACUUGCCGUGGGAACCACAAUCGGAGCAAUAUCCUGGCAAGAGAUUGUUGUCUACGAGCCCGAUUGCCCGCUGUUAUUGAACAACAAAUUUCUAUGUCAGCGAAGAUCUGAAGGUCUUUUCAGAAUAUGCCCUCAAACUGCAGCUACAGAGAAUUAUCGUCUAUCUACCUCUGUGGUCUUCAUAGUUGCCCUGUUCCUCGCUGCCGUGGCCACCGUACUGGCUGGCGUAUUUGUGCACUUCUGGAUGAAUGCCGCAGAGGACAGUACUCACCUGCUGGUUUUCAGAAUCAUAGUCGCACUACUGUUUGUUGUGUCCGGCAUUUUUUAUCAGGCAGCGCUGAUUCUCCUUCAUUAUACAAUGGUACAAGAAAAGACGCUUUUCACCCCCGACCAAAGUGAGAUAUUCACCAGCUGGUCGCAGGCCAUCCAGGAAACAACCAACAUACGAUAUUCAGUCAGUUACGCACUCUUCUGGACAGCCCUCGCUGCGGUAUACGUUGCUAGCAUUGUACUGUUUUGCGGGAGCGUCUCUGCAAGUCAGUAUCAUGCAUCUUACAAAGGGUCUUCAACGGAACUGUUCGACAGAGAGUGUGAAGACGCACUUGGUUACUUUGGCUAUUGCUCAGUCUAG